AUGCCUAACGGGGCCGCCGCCCCUGGUCCAGGUUCCUCCACGAAGGUCGGAGUGGAGAGAUCCGCCACGAGCGACGAGAUCCGGCACCGCGCGGCCGACGCCAUCGUCCAAGCCCGCCGUCGACCGAUCCCGCCGCCGCUGGGAUCCCGCAUGCUGCCGGGAGUCCCACACCCAUGGAUCUGGGCACCCGUGCACCGCCGCGAGUCCGCCGCCUCUGGGAUCCGCCACACCAUCGGGAGGGCCGCACCCGCGGAUCAGGACGCCCGCGCCACCGCGGAUCCGGGAACGAGACGAGAGACCCUCCGCCACCACCGUCGCAUGCACGGGCUUUGCCCGACGCCGACCAUCGGCAGCGGCGGAGGGGGAGAAGGGCGCGAGAGGGACCACACACACACACACACAGUGUGGUCAGUGUUUCCACCGUCGGCGUCGGCGUCGUCUAGGGCUCUGUCAACCACGGCGUCGUCUAGGGCUCCGUCAAGCUCCGUGAAGCUCGGCAUCCUCAAGUUCAAAUUGCGUGCGAGCGCUGCGGCCGCGGCUAGCAGCGCCAGCGCCGGCGACGGGAAGGUGGUGACGAGGAAGGAGCCAACGACGGGCGCGUGGAAGAUCGAGUACUCCAGCGAGAAGCCGGAGACGCCGCUGCUCGACACCAUCAACUACCCCGUCCACAUGAAAAACCUCUCCACCACGGACUUGGAGCAGCUGUCUGCGGAGCUGCGGGCGGAGAUCGUGCACACGGUGUCCAAGACCGGCGGCCACCUGAGCGCGAGCCUGGGGGUGGUGGAGCUCUCGGUGGCGCUCCACCACGUGUUCGACACGCCAGAGGACAAGAUCAUCUGGGACGUCGGCCACCAGGCCUACCCGCACAAGAUCCUCACGGGCCGCCGGUCGCGGAUGCACACCAUCCGCAAGACCUCCGGCCUCGCCGGGUUCCCCAAGCGCGAUGAGAGCGCGCACGACGCAUUCGGCGUCGGGCACAGCUCCACGAGCAUCUCCGCGGCGCUCGGUAUGGCCGUUGCCCGCGACCUCCAGGGCAAGAAGAACCACGUCAUCUCCGUGAUCGGAGACGGCGCCAUGACUGCCGGACAGGCCUACGAGGCCAUGAACAACUCCGGCUUCCUCGACUCCAACAUGAUCGUCGUCCUCAAUGAUAACAAGCAGGUCUCUCUCCCGACCGCCACCCUUGAUGGUCCCUCCAAGCCCGUGGGCGCACUCAGCAAGGCGCUCACCAAGCUCCAGUCCAGCACCAAGUUCCGGCGGCUUCGGGAGGCCGCCAAGACCAUCACCAAGCAGAUCGGCGGCUCGACGCACGAGGUGGCCGCCAAGGUUGAUGAGUACGCGCGUGGCAUGAUCAGUGCCUCGGGAUCAACGCUCUUCGAGGAGCUCGGGCUCUACUACAUCGGCCCUGUCGACGGUCACAGCCUCGAGGACCUCGUCACCAUCUUCGAGAAGGUCAAGUCCAUGCCGGCGCCCGGGCCCGUGCUCAUCCACAUCGUGACGGAGAAAGGGAAGGGGUACCCACCGGCGGAGGCCGCCGCCGACAAGAUGCACGGCGUGGUCAAGUUUGACCCGACCACGGGGAAGCAGUUCAAGACCAAGAGCCCCACGCUGUCGUACACGCAGUACUUCGCUGAGUCGCUAAUUCGGGAGGCGGAGGGGGACGACAAGGUGGUGGCGAUCCAUGCAGCCAUGGGAGGCGGCACGGGGCUUAACUACUUCCAGAAGCGGUUCCCGGAACGGUGCUUCGACGUGGGCAUUGCGGAGCAGCACGCCGUGACUUUCGCUGCGGGGCUCGCCGCCGAGGGGAUGAAACCGUUCUGUGCCAUCUACUCGUCGUUCCUGCAACGAGGGUACGACCAGGUGGUGCACGACGUGGACCUGCAGCGGCUGCCGGUGCGCUUCGCCAUGGACAGGGCGGGACUCGUCGGCGCAGACGGCCCUACCCACUGCGGCGCGUUUGACGUGACAUACAUGGCAUGCCUGCCCAACAUGGUGGUCAUGGCACCUGCCGACGAGGCGGAGCUCAUGCACAUGGUCGCCACCGCCAACGCCAUCGACGAUCGGCCAAGCUGUUUCCGCUUCCCCCGCGGCAACGGCAUUGGCGCCGUGCUUCCUCUCAACAACAGAGGCACCCCCAUUCAGGUAGGCAAGGGGAGGGUACUCGUCAGCGGCAACAGGGUAGCCCUGCUAGGAUAUGGCACCAUGGUGCAGGCCUGCCUGAAGGCGGCGGAGGCGCUGAAGGAGCAUGACUUGUUCAUCACCGUCGUGGACGCCCGCUUCUGCAAGCCGCUGGACACGGAGCUCAUCCGUGAGCUCGCUGCCGAGCAUGAGAUCCUCAUCACCGCCGAGGAGGGCUCCAUCGGAGGCUUCGGCUCCCACGUGGCGCACUACCUCAGCCUCAACGGCCUCCUCGACGGCCCCCUCAAGCUGAGAUCGAUGUUCCUGCCGGACCGAUACAUUGACCACGGCGCCGCGGAGGACCAGAUGGAGGCGGCCGGGCUGACGCCGAGGCACAUCGCCGCCACGGUGCUGUCCCUGGUGGGUCGGCCAGUGGAGGCGCUCCGCCUCAAGUGAAUCAAUCAACCAACCAGCAUGUGUUAGGGUUACACACCCACGUUCACAAUAUGGCAAGUGCUACGGGUCGGCUGCCGCGCAUGCCGCCAUGGUAGUUUUGUCGAUGAUUCCGGGAGGAGCCAGUCCUGUCAGUUCGUUGGCGCAGGUGGUUCUUUUACGUAAAAAAACAAAAAAAAAUCCUUGGAACGGUUCGACAAUGCUACGAUACUAGGUGGCUGGAGAUGCCAUGCUAAUGUCCUUCAGUCCGCAUGUUCCAAUGCUUCCAAGUGCAGAGCAUAUACAAUUGAAGCCUUGCUUUGAGCCGGUGGACAGAUGCUCCUUCCGUCCCAUAAUAUAAGAUGGUCUUGCGAGCUAAAACAGCUUGCCAAAGCGUCUUAUAUUAUGGGAUGGAGGAAGUACAUACAUAUGUUAUUCCUUUGGGUUUUGUACAGAUGGUUAUUGAACAUGCAUAUUAAUUAAUCAGA